AUGGCCGGCGAGCAGUGGCGGAGCUACCUUAUGCCGUGGGGCAACGCCCGCUACGGCUUGGUGCUGAAAAAUUUGGAAAAAUUAGUAUCCGCCGCUGCCGGCGAGAAAGGUGAUGAAAACUCAAAAAACGAACCCGCACCAGACACGAACUCUCCUUACUACAUUCAUGCUUCGGAUUACCCGAAGCAAAUGCAUGUCAACGAUACCCUCACCGAUAGCAAUUAUGCCGAUUGGUCGCAAGAGAUGUUAAACUUUCUCUUCGCCAAAAACAAGGUCGGAUUUGUUGAUGGCACGUUGAAGAAGCCAGAAAAAACCGCUACCGAGUACAUGAUGUGGAUGCGUUGUGACGCCAUGGUAAAGGGGUGGCUCACAACGGCUAUGGAAAAGGAUAUCAGGAGUAGCGUUAGGUAUGCUAGCGCCGCCUCAGAGAUUUGUCCGGACCUACGGGAAAGAUUGGGGAAAGCAAGCGCCCCUAGGGCGUAUGAACUAAAACAAAUGCUCUCCACGACUCAACAAAGUGGAAUAUCGGUUUCCUCUUAUUACACCAAGCUACGCGGGAUAUGGGAUGAGAUCGAAUCUGUUUUACCGGCCCCUCGUUGUACCUGUGACGGGUGCGCUUGUGGAGUCGGGAAGAAGAUGACUGAACUUAAAGAAAAAGAGAGAUUGUAUGAAUUUUGA